AUGGAUGUUGAUUUGGCUAGCGUUGAAGUCGUUUUUGCACAGAAAUUGGCAUGCGGAGAACCGACAACUAGACAGAGAGCUUUGAGAGUAUUGCAUGAUUGGAUUCGUGAUCAAUCUUCGAAAAAACGUAAGUUUUGGGUUUAAUUAAAAUUCUAAAUCAUAUUUUCCGUUUUUACAGCUUUCACAGAAGAAGAUUUGACUCGCCUCUGUAAAGGUCUUCAUUAUGUUAUGUGGAUGCAAGACAAAAUGGUUUUACAAGAGGAAUUGGCUGAUCGCAUUGGUGGACUUAUCAAUAUUUUCACAAGCGAACAAGAAAAAGUUCUCUAUGUCAAGAGUUUUUUGAAAAGUUUGAACAAAGAAUGGCCACAUAUUGAUAGAUGGAGAAUGGAUAAAUUCUUGAUGGAAGUUCGUCGAAUGCUUCGCGCAGCAUUUGCACAUUUGAAAGAUUUGAAAUGGAAGAAAGAAAUUCGUGAUGAAUAUUGGAGUGUUUUCGAAGAAACAACAAUUUCUGCUGACAAUUCAUUCAACGAAGGAUUGAAAAUGCAUUUCGCUUCAUUAUUAUUGGACGAAUUAGAUGCUGCUGGAGGUCUUACGAAGAAGCAAACCAAUUCUUGUCUUCAACCUUAUGUAAACCUUCUUGGAGUCAAGAAAAUCAGUGAUUAUCUUUUCAAUUCGAUCAUUGAUGAAAUUUUCAAUGCGAUUGUUCUUCAAAAAUCUGAAGAGAUAAAAGGAACUGAAGACGAAUCGAUGGAAGUUGUUGAAGGAGGCAUUCAAGUGAGUUUUGCUUUUAACUUGUUUAUAAUUUAUUAAUUGAUAAUAUUUUCAGUUCAAUUACAAAGACCUUGCCAAAUCUUUGUUCGAAAUCGGAAAGCAAGCAAAUAUCCCAGCCAGAAGACGCGCUAGAAUUUACGAUUUGGUUCAGAAGUUCGAAAAAUGUGUGGCCGGACAAGAUCCAUUGCACUUCGAAAUUCCAGUUCCUCAAAAUGUUUUGACACGAGAAGAUUAUGAGGAAUCCGAGAGAAAAAUUGUUGAGUUACAAGAAGUUGCAAAAGCUGAACGACUGAAAGCAAAGAAGAUGAAAAUGUGAGUUAUUCAAAAUGGGAAUUUUUCUAUUUAAUAAAUAAAUAUUCAGCGAAAUCCGCGAGAAACAACGAAAAGAAGAACUUCGUCAAAAACGUUUGGCAGCGGCUGAAAAUGAUUCGAAUGAUGAAGAAGAUGAAAAUGAAGACGAAAUUCAAGUUGUCAAGAAAAAGGGAACGAAAAAAUCGAAACAACAAGUUCCAAAGGUGAAGAAGGCUCGAGCUUCGAACAAGUUCAAGAAAAUCAAUCCGAAAAAAUCGAAGAAAAAUUGA